AUAAAUAAGAAGCACAUUCCCCUCUGGGUCCAUCUAGGCCCCCCUCUCUCUUUCUGCCUUUCUGUCUAUCUGUCAGUCAGUCAUUACACUACCCUCAGAUAGACAGAUAUCAGUCUGUUACAGACAUGGGGAAAGGGUUCUUCAUCAGCAAGACUUUGGGGAUAGUUGGUGUGAUCGUGGGGACUGGAGUGGUGGCCACCAUCAUCGCCCUGUCAGUGGUCUAUAGCCAGGAGAAGGCCAAGAUCCAUGAGGCAGUGAAUCCCCCCACUACUCCCUCCACUCCCUGGGAACACUACAGACUGCCUGACUCCCUGUCUCCUGUCUCCUACAACAUCACCCUCUGGCCUCGACUGGUUGUCAACGCCUCUACUGGCCUCUUCAUCUUCACAGGACAGUCAGCUGUGGUGUUCCAGUGUAAGAAGGACACAGAUCUGAUCCUCAUCCACUCUAACAAGCUGAACCUGACUCUGCUCAGCCUGAUUAGCCGGGAUGGAGCUACUGCUCCCACCAUAAAGAAAAACUGGCUGGAGGUUCCUACUCAGUUCUUAGUGAUCCAGCUGAAUAGUAAUCUGAUGGCAGGGAGACAGUAUGAGCUGUACACAGAGUUUAUAGGAGAACUGGCUGAUGACCUGGGAGGCUUCUACAGGAGUGAAUAUACAGAGGGGACCAGUCCCCCGGUGAGAAAAGUUGUAGCAACCACUCAGAUGCAGCCUGUGGACGCCAGGAAAGCCUUCCCCUGCUUUGAUGAACCUGCCAUGAAGGCCGUGUUCCACAUGACCCUCCUCCACGCACACGGAACAGUGGCUCUGGCCAAUGGCAUGAAUCUAGCCUCAGUCAAUGUCACUGUCAACGGCCAGGCUGUUACUCGGACCAGCUUCCAACCCACACCCCUCAUGUCAACCUACCUACUCGCCUUUGUCGUCAGUGAGUUCGGUUUCAUCCAGUCACCAGAAGGGGAAAAAGUUUUG